CCUAGUAAUGAUACCAGCAUUUUGGUCUCCCAUUAGGAUAAGGUUUGUAUGAGAGAGAGAGAGAGAGAGAGAGAGGGCAAUGGUAACAUAGUUCUCGCAGGCCCAUAUGAUGGAAAUGGGCCUUAUAAUGGGCUUUGAGAGAGCCAUAGUGCAUGGGAAUAUGGAUUGAUUGAGGAUUAGUCAUGGUUUGUUUUUGUUUUUUAUGAUAUUACUAAACCAAAAUAUAAAUGCAACAACAUGAUUACAUAUUAUUUAGGGUUUCAUACAGACCAAAAAAGAAUAGGUCAAAUGAUUUUAAAUGACUUUUUCUACAUAAUUUUGCAGGUAAAAGAUUAUUCCUUUAUUUUAUCCACUACUUAACAACUUGGUUAUUGUUAGAUAAUAGUAAACAUAAACAGUUUUCUUAAGGUGUUGUAGAAACCAAAAACAUGUUUUCUCCACAAGCAAGAAAUCUACAGUAACAAGCUACUGUUUCAGAUGGAAAUUGAGUUAUAUUUUCUGUGUGCAAUGCACCUAAAGAAGCUGUCAAGAACACACGUCAAUCCCCACAGCCGACCUCUUCACAUCCACCACUACUGGAGCUGUCCUGAAAAGAACGAGAACAUGUUUGCACCCUCUCCUGUUGCCAUCUGUAUCCUCUUGCUGUGUGUGUUGUGAUCAGAGUGAGCUUGGUUGCCAUCUGUUGUAGGUGGCAAUUCCAUUGAUGUCAAGAUAUGCUAUAUCUAAGUCCUAGAUUCUUCCUCACCUGCUUGGGUUCUCUGUCCCGAGAGCCAAGAAUUCUAGUUCCUGCAAUGAGUAGCGUUUGGUGGUCAAGUAACGUAGGAGAUGGUUGCCAUGCAGUGGCAGUCGCCCAGAGCUCCUCGUCUUCGCUCUCGGAGCAGUCAUGGAGGUGGUGUCUCCCCUCACCACUCAUCUCCUCAACAAAUUUCAGAGUGACUCCGUUCCAUCAGAGUCUUCUCCGAGCAGCAGGAUGAGCCCUGCAGUCCUCUUCAUCGUUGUCGUCCUCGCGGUCCUACUCUUCAUCUCCGGUCUCUUGCACUUUAUCCUCAGAUGCUUCAUCAGGAAGCGCCACCCUCGCCCCUCCUCAUCCCGCUCCGCGCCGGAGCUGUCGGGCUCCGACGCGCUCCAGCGCCAGCUCCAGCAGCUGUUCCAUCUCCACGACUCCGGCGUGGACCAGGCCCUCAUCGACGCCCUGCCCGUCUUCCUGUACAAGGACGUGGUCGGCUCCAAGGAGCCGCUCGAGUGCGCCGUCUGCUUGUGCGAGUUCGACGGGGAGGACGAGCUCCGGCUGCUGCCCGUCUGCGGCCACGCCUUCCAUCUCAGCUGCAUCGACACGUGGCUGCUCUCCAACUCCACCUGUCCGCUCUGCCGGGGGUCGCUCUUCCUACAGGGCAUGGCGGUCGAGGACCCGGUGUUCUUCUAUCUCGGGGACUCGACUGACGAGGGAGAAGCUUCCCCUGCGGUGGCGGCGGACGAAGGGGACGAGAUUGCGGCCGACAGGAGGAGAGUGUUCCAUGUGAGGCUUGGCAAGUUCAGGAAACUGGGUAAUGGAAACGUUGGUGGUGACUGUAAUGAGGACAAUAGCAUCGCCAUUGGCAGUGUGAGAAGAGAGGAAGGGGAGACCAGCAGCAGUAGCUUGACUGCAAGGAGGUGCUUCUCCAUGGGCUCUUAUCAGUAUGUGGUUGCUGAUGCCCAAUUGCAAGUGGCUCUCAAGGGCUGUUCUGCUCUGAGGAAUGGAGAUGGAAGAGGAAUCAGAGGAACUGAUGCAAGAGGUAAUUCUCCAGGAAAUGAGGCUGUGGAGGGCGAAAGACUAAGUAUUGGAAGCAGGCACGAAAGCUUCUCAGUGUCAAAAGUCUGGCUAUGGUCUAAUAAGAAGGGGAAGGUCUCCAUGUCUUCAGAUACUUCUGCUUUGGAUACAAACUCGCCAUGGAAGACAGUAAGAGUUGGUGAUGCUUGAAAAUUUUCUAUAACAUUACAAGUAUUAUUCCCAUUUUACCACAAUUUGGUAUUCUGAAGUCAAGAGGAAGAGUUUUCUGUUGAUGGUUGAUGAACAAAAGAUAUUAGUGGGAUCAGAUAAUGUUCAACACUUGUGGUUCUUGUGGUGUUCAAUUCUUGGAAGGACCUGUCGGCAGAUCAUUGAUCCAGACUGUCGUCUGUGGAGAAUGUAUGCGUCCUUCUCCUUGAAAUAUCCACUUCAUACAAAAGCUUAUGAUUUUUUUAGGUUCCAAAGAAUGAACUUUGAAUUCUUUUU